CUUAACAGACGUUAGUAAACGAGACUGAAAUGGCAACUGAGAAUUUCUUCUCUGCCGCUUUGCCUGCUCUCCACCCCAACCAAAGAAGAUACGGCGGUUUUUUUCUCUCCAUCGCAACCGAGGAGACGGCUCUCUUUCCUUCACUUGUCAACGAGUAUAGCCCAAUCAAUUAUUGGCGCCUCAGAACUCGGAAGAAUGUUGUGAUGGUAUUUAAACACAUCACGCUUUACAUAAUAAGAAGAACUCCCGAUCGUCUUCCUUCUUCAGACCUACACUCCCUCUCACCCCGCGCGUGCUCCAGGAGGCAGAAGACCUACCUUCGCUCCAGAUCGAUCGCAUUCUCCUGUGGCUUGCAGUGACACACUAGUCGCCAUCGCCAUUGCGCACCAUUCGCCGCCGCCUCUGCGCACCGGUUGUCUCCACCACUGCUUAGGGACGCAACACCUUCAUCGUCGCCUUUCCGCACCGCAGUAGCUAUGCCGCUGCUUCAAAUACUCUCUUAUUCUAUCUUUUCACAUGUGUGAGUUUCAUUGGAAUGGACAGAUCUGAUAUGUAGUCAUGUUGGG